AUGGACGCUGAAGACUCAAAAGAUGUGCUGAAGAAUGUGGACUGGAAGACUGUGGGUGGUGCAGUGACGACUGAAUCUAGCAAACCAAUUGUUAAGAAGCGUCUCCCAAAGAAAAUCAGACAAGUCCCUGAUUGCUAUUUUCUCCCUCGGCGGUCUUGGCCUUCUGCACUGGCAAUCUAUGGUGCUUUAUGUGCUGCUGGCGUUGGUGCAGGGAUGCUUCUUGAGGUUUGGAUAAACAAAAAGAUCAAAGUAUAUGAAACUGCUGUUCUGGUGGCCAGCAUCGCCUGGGCACUGUGGCAUGCUGUGGUUGAAUUUGGUGAACAAUGUCAUUUUCUGUUGCGUCAAUGA